CCCCAUCAGCUGUGUUUUCGUUUUCAUUUUCCGAUGCCGGUGCGUUCCUGGUCCGCCGCUGGUUGCUGACGAGUGUCCCGUGGACGGAGAUGGCGUCCGGCGGUCCGCAGCUGCGGUUCCGCGGCAAGACGAAGACGCCGGUGGAGCGGGUGGCGCAGCUGGACGCCUUCCCCAAGCUGAGGGAGGCGUCCGUCAAGCCCAGCGCCGUCGGCGGCUGCAUGUCCGUGGCGAGCGUGGUGCUGAUUAUGUGGCUCUUCUACUCGGAAUUCGCCUUUUUCUGGGACUCGAAGCUCAGCUUCCAGCUCAGUCCGGACGAGUUGAUGGACGAAAAGAUGGCCGUCAACCUGGACGUCACCGUGGCGAUGCCCUGCCGCUCCAUCGGGGCCGACGUCGUCGACUCCACCGGACAGGGCGUCACCUCGUUCGGACAGCUCGAGUACCAGGACACCUGGUUCGAGUUGGAUGCAGGACAGCGAGACUUUUUCUCCUCCCUGAAGUACGUCAACGAGUACCUGCGCGAGGAGGCGCACGCCCUGCAGCAAGUCCUGUGGAAGGCUGCCCUGAGCCGCACCUACGACCUUCCAGAGGCUACGGACCGCGGCGGCCGACCCUUCGACGCCUGCCGCAUCAGGGGCUCGCUCGAGCUGACGAAGGUUGCCGGGAACCUGCACGUGGCCGCCGGACAGACCCUGCCGCUGCCCGGCGGACACGUCCACCUGGCCACCAUGCGGCACAACCUCAACUUCUCGCACAGGGUCACGCGCUUCUCGUUCGGCCCACCUGACCACGGCGUCGUCCACCCUCUUGAGGGAGACGAGAAGGUCGCCCAGCAAGAGGACAUGCAGUACCAGUACUUCAUUACAGUGGUACCUACGGAGGUGCGGGUGCGCGGGCGGCACGUGCAGACGUACCAGUACUCAGUGCGCGAGGUGGCGCGCGUCAUCUCGCACGACAAAGGCUCGCACGGCACGCCAGGCGUCUACUUCAAGUACGACAGCAGCGCCCUCAGGGUCAGCAUCUCGGAGGAGCGCGACUCGUGGAUCCAGCUGCUCGCCAAGCUGUGCUCCGUCGUCGGUGGCGUCUUCGCCACUUCUGCUGUGAUAAGCCAAAAACUGCAGGCCCUCAUCGCCCUGUUUUCCGGCAAACAGAACAACUACCAGAAGAUGACCAAUUCGUGAUCUGUGUGUUUAAAUUAAUAAAUUUAAUUGUAGGACUUGGUUGCAUUUAAAA